CCCCUCCAUCGCAACGACCUAAUCCAAAUCCAGUACCGUUCUUCCUCCGACACAUUUUUCUCCGAUCCCCAAUUUCUCCUCCUUCAUCGUUGUCUUGUUUUUUUUGUUAUAUCAAACUGAGAUAAUAGAUAGAUAGAUCUCUCUAUGGGUUAAUUCCGAAUCCGAUCUAACUAUUUUCGCUUUAGGUCUUUUAAUUUGGAUUUGAGGUCUUCCAAUACUCUUCGAUUCGUUUCUCCCUUCAAUCGAACGCUGUUGUGUUCAGGUCUCGUUUUGUUAGGCGUUUGAGUAUUAGGGGGUUUCGAAGAGCAUAGAAUAAUGCCUUCGCUGCCCGUUGAUCUUGACUUGGUUCCUUCCUUGACCAUUUUCAAUGGUGCAUCCUCCUUUCAUCGUCUGAAAAACCUUGAAAAAAGUGAUCGGCGUGGUAAUCUUAGUUAACAAUAGGACUUCCGUUUUCUCCCUUUCUUCUUCGUUUCUCUCUCUUUAUUCCUCUUCUUCGUCGUCGUUGUUGUUGUUGAUAUUGUUUUGCUCUGAACGAGGUGCGAGUUAAUCCGUCAACAGAUCGGGGAUCAGGGGAUUCGUAUUGUUGUUCUUUCUGUGGUUGCUAUUCGCAGUUCCUGUUUUGAUAUUGUUAUAGUUGCAGCACCAAACGUCGUUUUAAGUUGCCUCUUAGUACCUGAUACAAUUGAUGGACACGAGCUCCAAUAUUAAUGUGCAUGACGACAACUUCAUAAGUAAUCUUGGAAUGACUUUUUGUGAGUCAUUACAUAUUCAAGAUGCCCAGAAAUCUGCAGAUGCUUCAGAGGGGAUUGAUAAAAGUAAUGUGAGUGAGGAAAAAAUGUGUGAAGCAGUUAAAAAGCAAGAGACAAAACUUAAUAUGAUGUGCUUGAAAAAAUCGGCAACCUUUCCAAUUUCUUCAAGUUCCUCUGAUAUGGAGGCUGAUACUUCAGUUGCAGAAGCACUCUAUGAGCAUUCUGCUCAUCAAACUUGCUCACGCUCGAUUUCUCUGCCUUCUCCUUUAAAGCUUAUAUCUGCCAUGAAAGGUAGCCGUGAGAAACAUGGGGUAUCGCAGGUGAAAUUGAAUGUGAAAUGGGCCCCUGAUGUGUAUGAUCCGGUACCUACAUUAUUAUCACACACUGUCAGAAACAAGAAGCCGCAGAAAUCUAGGAAGAAGAAGUCUGACAAGAAGAAUGGAAAGAAGGGACAAAAGGGAAAUUCAUCUCGAGGGGGAAGCAGCAAAGAUAAGCAGUUUCGCAAGCUAAGUGGGACUCCGAGUUUGUGCUAUAAGUCAGUUGAUGCUUGUGAUAAAUUGAUUGGAGCUGCUACUGAAUUAGGCGCUCUUGAUGUUCCUAAUUCUUGUGAUAAAGUGAUUGGAGCUUCUACUGAAUUAGAUGCUUUUGAUGUUCGGAGCCAGGACUCAUACUGUGGAACUAGUUUCUUGAAAAAAUCAGUUACAGAAGUGCACUACUCGGUUGCACAAGCUUUAUGAGUGAAAUGCUUUGAAUGUUUUGUACUGUUUCCCCCAAUGUACAUAAAUAAGUAAUGUUUUGCUGUUGGCUUGUAUGGUGAAAAAAAAAGAAGACAUGGGAUUGUAUGGUGAAAGCUGUUUGAUACUCUUAAUUGAGCACAUGUAGUCUAGAAUGGCUUUUUUAUUUGUAAUGUGUGACAGUUUUUUGUAGAUGAGGCCAUGUGACAUUUUUUGUUCUAUCUUUGGAUUUGUGAUUUGAUUA